AUGGCGAGCUUCGUCUCUGUACCGUCACCUCACUUUCAUCUCAGCUUCCGUGAACUUCCUCCUCCAUCAUCAACUCUCUAUCCUAGACGCUUCGAGGUCUAUCACCGGAGGUUUUCGAUCAAAUGCUCGUCGUCUAAGCCGGAAGAUGUUAUAGAUUCUGCGCCGUCACUGUCUUCCUCCUCAUCGUCGUCGUCCACAAGUGAAGUAUCUAUUGACACUUCAACUUACAGCUGGUACACUGGACUCGGAGGGAUUGGGAUGUUAGACACUGCGUAUUUGACUUACCUCAAGCUCACUGGCUCCGACGCCUUUUGCCCUGUUGGUGGUGGUGGUGCUUGCGGCGAUGUAUUGAACAGUGAUUACGCCCUUGUUUUUGGUGUUCCUCUGCCAGUGAUUGGGUUUGUUAUGUAUGGCUUAGUGACUGCUCUAAGUGCACAGCUUGGGGAAGGGAAUUUACCCUUUGGCAUCAGUAAGACCAAUGGGCGUUUUGCGUUGUUUGCGGCCACAACGUCAAUGGCAUCUGCUAGUGCUUAUUUUCUGUAUAUCCUUAGCACAAAACUCUCAGGAUCAUCGUGCAUGUACUGUCUAGUGUCUGCUUUCUUAUCGUUUAGUCUAUUUUUCCUCUCUUUAAAGGAUGUGAAGUUGCAAGAGAUACAGCAAGUUGUGGGAUUGCAGGUAUGCUUGGCAAUUAUAGUAGUUGCCUCUUUAACUGCUUCCUAUAGUACUGCUCAAGCAAUCCCUUCACGCUCAGGUGACAUUGAACUGCCAUACUAUUCAACAGAGAUCACUACAUCCUCAAGCCCUUAUGCGGUUGCUCUAGCAAAACAUCUAAACUCAAUUGGAGCUAAAAUGUAUGGAGCGUUCUGGUGUUCUCACUGCCUAGAGCAAAAAGAGAUGUUUGGAAGAGAAGCAGCGAAAGUACUGAACUACGUGGAAUGUUUUCCCGAAGGCUACAAGAAAGGAAUUAAGAUAUACAAGGCAUGUUCAGAGGCUAGGAUCGAAGGAUUCCCGACAUGGAUGAUAAAUGGUCAGGUCUUAAGCGGAGAAGUAGAACUCGCUGAACUAGCGGAGAUGUCUGGAUUCACCCUUGAUCAGGCAAAUGAGGCCAAUCAAUUUAAGUAA